AUGGCUGACAACUACUCUUUCGAAUAUUUUACCAUCCAACUUCCCACCGACCAUCAAUAUGUGGCCCAUGUGGAAAUCAAUCGCCCGGAAAGGUUGAACGCCUUCAUCGAAGUUAUGUGGGAAAACAUGGCCAAGAUCUUCAACAAGCUAUCCGCGGAUCCUCGCGUUCGCGCGAUCGUCCUCAGCGGCGCUGGAGAGAAGGCAUUCACCACGGGGCUGGAUGUUAAGGCGGCCGCAGAGGGCGGCCCUCUAUCGUCAAACCCCACCGCCGACCCAGCUCGAAAGGCGGUCGCUCUUCGUCGGCAUAUCACCGCCUUCCAGGACUGUAUCACUGCAGUAGAGCGUUGCGAAAAGCCCGUUAUAGUUGCUCUUCAUGGAUUCUCAUUGGGACUUGGCAUUGACCUAUCAACGGCGACGGACGUGCGUCUCUGUUCCCGUGAUACCCGUUUUGCAGUCAAAGAAGUCGAUAUCGGCAUCGCAGCAGAUAUUGGCACCCUCAGUCGACUGCCCAAGGUGGUCGGAAAUUACGGGUGGGUCAAGGAGGUAGCUCUGACAGCUCGCGAGUUCGGUGCUGAGGAGGCGCUGCGUGUGGGUUUCGUCAAUGCGGUAUAUGAUAACCGAGAAGCCACUAUUGCAGCCGCGUUUAAGCUCGCCUCCUUGAUCGCCAGCAAGAGCCCCGUGGCCGUGCAAGGCACCAAGGAGAUCUUGAACUUCUCGCGUGACCACUCUGUGCAAGAGGGACUGCGCUAUACGAGUAUAUGGAAUAGCGCUGCUUUGCAGACUCAAGAUGUCUCGGCAGCUCUCCUGUCUGGGUUGCAAAAGCGUACUCCAACAUUCGAGAAGUUGUGA